GCUGAGGAGAGUCACAUUGCUAUCCUGACCGCUUAGGACAAGAGCGUCCAAUUCAGAGCAAGAAAAUUCGAACCAAUAUUGCGCUUCAUUCUUGACGGAUCAUCCACGGCAACAAUCGUGAGCGCUCCGUUGAGUAUGGCGGCGAAUGGAAGCAAUGUCAUGUUGGCCUUGUCGGUGCUGACCUUGUUCCUCUUGGCCAAUGUGUCUGAGUGCCGGACCCCUUUCACUUUGAUCAACGGAUGGUACAAAACAGCGUGUAUCGCUGAAAACUUGAGGGGCAACAAGAACUACAUGUGCUCUCGCAAUGGAUCCAUGAUCUGUUUACCUGGUUGGACGGACGAGUACAAGUACUGCACCACUCCGAUUUGUGACCCCCAUUGCGUGAACGGCAACUGCACGGCUCCGAACGUUUGUACUUGUGAUGUGGGAUGGUAUGGAGCAGAUUGCACGCGAUGUGUUCCGUUGCCAAAUUGCCAAAAUGGCAACUGCUCCAAUCCCUUUGAAUGUAAUUGCGAUAAUGGAUGGACCGGGAUGUUUUGCGACAAGCCCAUUUGCAAGGAGGGCUGUGUGCACGGGACAUGCUCCAUUCCGGGGCGAUGCAAUUGUCAUCCAGGAUGGACGGGAGAGAACUGUGACAUUUGUAUUCGAUCCCCCGAUUGCGUGAACGGUUAUUGCGAAAAGCCCAUGGAUUGCAUCUGCGAGCCCGGUUACUUGCCGCCAGACUGCAAGCGACCCAUUUGUCGAGAUGGAUGCAAUGCCACCUAUGGGUUCUGCAAAAACCCCGGAGAGUGCUGGUGUCGUCCGGGAUGGCAGGGAGUAAACUGUGACCAAUGCCAGACCUAUGAGGGAUGUCAGAACGGCUUCUGCAUCAAUCCCUGGGAUUGCCUGUGCGAGACUGGAUUCACUGGCAUGCUUUGCGACCAGAGAGUUGUGGUGACCAACAACGCCAUCAAUUCCAAUGGAAACGCUGGAGCUUUCAUCAACAACCCAUUCGCCCAAGGCCGGAGUGCUCUCAAUCUUGGAGGCCUGAACAAGCAAGCAUCCACACCACGGCCGCCACUACCAUCGCCGCCGCCAUCAUUGCCGUCUCCUCCAUCGCCCACCGAGGCCAGUGCCACAGAUACAGACCAAAGCAAUCUUUUGGCCCAGAGCUAUGACGAUAUCAUUCGAGGAAACUUUGAAGGGAGAUAAUUAGCGUAGUAGUCGCCGAGCAAUCAAACAAUCCCUAUUGGGCAUGUUCUUCAGUUCUUUCAAGUACUCCAUUUCUUGAGUUAUGAGCACACUUUCCAAGCCUAUAAUAUUCUGUUUUCAAACUUCUGCUCUCUUCGGUUGUUUCAAUUCUAUGAAAUGACACAAUCAUUUUUGCAUUGCUUGUCUUCCUUCUAUGUCUUGCACAAGGUUUGAUAACUUACCAUGCAGAGCUCUUCAACAUUUCUGUAAAGUACUUCAUAUCAAUCGUCUUGUAUCAUUUGUGCCCAUUUUGACAUUCCUUUCCGUGUUAGCAAAUUGAAACUGGUCAAUAAACCUAGGUGAUUCAAACCAGA